CCUCGAACUCCGGCCCUCCCUGUCCAUCUCACUGUAUCACACACAGAGGCGUGGUCAUCUCCCUCUCUCUCACUUCUACCUAGUUUUACGAUCUCAAAUCUCCGACCAAAUUUCGAAUUUGCCGCCUUUUCAUCUCAUUCGCACGCAAAUUUCUGUGACCAUCAUCCUUGAAGCAAGCCGUGACGCCUCCGGCCGCCCAUUUAGGCCUCUUCAAUUUCAACCCAUUUCGGAAUGGAGAUUGUAUCUCCAAGCUGCAGGAGGAGUGGCCAAAAGGACAGGGGUACAAGGAGGGUGUGGAGUAGAAAAGAGGAGGAGCAAUUGCUUGAAGCAUUGAGGGAGAUAUGCUCCUCGGGUUGGAAGUGUGAAAAUGGCACUUUUAGGGCUGGUUAUCUACAAGCGCUGGAAAAUUUAAUCUUCAGGGCUUUGCCUGGCACUGAUCUUAGGGCUUUCCCACACUUUGAGUCAAAGAUUAAGGUAUGGAAGCGUCAGUACAGUCAGCUUGUGACAAUGUUGAGGACAAGUGGAAUAGGGUACAGUGAGAGUGAUAUGAUGAUUAAAGUAGAAAGUGAUGUCAUAUGGGAGGAAUAUCUGAAGAAAGACCGUGAUGCUAAGGGCAUGAGAGACAAACCUUGGCCAUACUACAACCAAUGGCGCCUCAUAUUUGGCAAGGAAAGAGCCACCGGUGAACAUGCCGAGUGUCCAGUGGACAUGGUAGAGGAGCUGGAGAGAGAAAAAGCAGCUGAUGAUAAUGAGAAUGUAGCUGCGGGGACAAGGAGGGCGUGGAGUAGAAAGGAGGAGGAGCAAUUACUUGAAGCACUGAGGGAGAUGUGCUCCUCGGGUUGGAAGUGUGACAAUGGCACCUUUAGGGCUGGUUACCUGCAAGUGCUGGAAAAUUCAAUCUUGAGAGCCUUGCCUAGCACUGAUCUUAGAGCUGUCCCACACCUUGAGUCAAAGAUUAAGAUGUGGAAGCGUCAGCACAAUCGGCUUGCAACAAUGUUGAGGACUGGUGGAAUUGGGUACAAUAAUACUGAUAUGAUGAUUAAAGUAGAGAAUGAUGACAUAUGGGAGGAAUAUCUGAAGAAAUACCGUGAUGCUAAGGCCAUGAGAGAUAAACCAUGGCCAUACUACAAUCAGUGGUGCCUCAUAUUUGGCAAGGAAAGAGCCAAUGGUGAACAUGCCGAAUGUCCGGUAGACAUGGUGGAGGGGUUAGAGAGAGAGAAAGCAGCUGAAGAUAAUGAGAAUGUAGCUGGGAUGAGUGUGGGGCUGGAUGACACUAGUGUAUCGACUAGUGUCACACAAACUCAAAAUGAGGAUGCAGAGAACUCCCAAGGUAAAAAACAAAAAAGGAAGAAAGCUAGUGGAUCUGAUGCCUGGGCUGCUGGUUUAGGCGAGAUGGCAAAGGCAUUGACUGCUUUCAUUUCUGAUAGCAGUCAGAAGCUUGACAUCAUUGCUCAACGGGUGGGAUAUGCACAUGAUGCUGCUGAGGCAAGGCGGAGAGUAAAUGGGGAGCUUGAGAGGAUUGAAGGGCUAGCAAGGGUUGAGAGACUAAGGGCUGGGUCAAUGAUUGUUGGUGACCCUCAAAAGGUUGAUUACUUCUUUAGCUUGUCGGAUUGCGACAAGGCUGAGUGGGUGCGAUUGCUUUUAAGUGGUCUCUUAUGACGGUUAUUUCAUGUGGGCAUUUUUAACUCUAUUAAUUAUUCUGAAUACUUUGUGACGUUAGCUAUGGUUGUACUUCUUAUUUGCAUAGAGUUAUAUAUUUCUUUGAAGUCAU